AUGUUCGAGCGUUUUACAAGCAGAUUGGAAGAUCCUGAGAGACCCUUUUUGGGGCCAAACGUCAAACUUUUGAAGGCUGGGGGUCUUAUAUUUUCGAAAACCAAAGUAGUAAAAUAUCUUUACCUAAUAUUCGUGCACUACUUUAUUUUUGCGUUUUCCGUUACCGAAAUGAUCGAUCUAUGGUACGAGAGGUCAAAUUUGGAGAUCGUUCUACGAAACUUAAAAUAUUCUAUGCUAAGCGUCGUGGACUGCUCCAAAGUUUACACGUACAUAAAAUGGCAGGACGAUUGGAUGCAUAUCAUUAACGCCACCACGGAAAAAGAUAAGGAGAGACGAAGCAGGAAUCACAAAGAAAUGAACGAGAUUAUUAGCAAAUACACCAAGUAUAGUAGAUUUGUCACGUUCGCUUACGUCUAUUUGCUCGCGCUAACCGCGACGUUCGUUUGUGCUCAGCCGAUGCUGAUGUACUUUUCGCCGACAUUAAGGUUUAAUAUCCAAAACGGUACAGAAGAGAGGCCAGAAAUCGUGCACUCCUGGACGCCGUACGACAAAACCAAUAUCGUCGGCUACUCGGUCACUAUGCUCAUACAAGCGUACUCCAGUUACGUGGCAGCGGCCUGGAUCGUCAUGUUCGAUGCGAACGCUUUAGCCGUAAUGAUUUUCAUGGAGGCAGAGUUGAGAAUGUUGAGAAUCGACGCCCGAGAUAUUUUUGGGACUGAAAAUAAUCCCGUCUCUGUUGCCGUGUCGAAACAACGAAUUAAAGAUUGCCACAAGAAACAUUCGGAGCUUUCGCAGAUUUGCAAUUUGUUCAAUACAUUUUUAUCGCCAAUAAUGCUGAUAUACACAAUUGUAUGUUCUAUUAUGUUGUGUGUCACGGGCUAUCAGAUACAAGUUGAAACCAGUGCGUUUCAGAAACUGAUGUCGGCCCAGUAUUUAACGUUUGGAAUUUUUCAACUAUUUUUAUAUUGCUGGCACAGCAGCGCGAUGCAAUAUUCCAGCCAUGAUCUAGCUUUGGGUCCGUAUGAGAGCCUCUGGUGGGGGCAGCCAGUAGCGCUGCAGAAGCAGCUGCUUCUACUAGUCCAUCAGUUCCGACAACCGCUAGCCGUCCAAGCAGGACCGGUUGCUGAUCUCACUGUCCUCACUUUUAUCAGCAUUCUCAAAGGGGCUUACAGCUAUUAUACAUUAUUGCGGGAGAUGAAUUGA